AUGAUGUUUGCUGUUGCCUCGGGGGCAGAGAUAUCUAAUAACUGCCUGGAUCCUGGGGUGGUUGAGCCUCGGAGCUACACUCCUAGCAGCCCAGUGAACCUAGAGGUGGAGCUGGACACUAGAAAAGAUGAGGAGGGACACCUGGUGCCUGUUUUAGUGGCCCGAUGGAAAGCUCAGGAUGACGGAAGUAUUAGUUCCCUGAAAGGAACAGAGCCAGUUUUGAAGGAAGCACAAACCAGAAUCUGUUGUGUUCGAUACUUAUUCUACGAUAAGAUGCCUAUGCUGAAUCCAGCACAUGAAAAGUUAGGUCUUUCUCCUGGAUCGGUGGUGGUUGAACCCGGCCUGUCAUACGUGUCUCAGGUCUCCAACCUCCCCAAACCAAACCUGAAACACUCUGGUUAAUACAUCCAUCAACAUUUCACUGUGCCAGAUUGUAAAGAUCCCAAGAUUCAGAGGAGCAAGGUGUGUCUGGAAAGCGGCAGUCUGUGGAGACCUAACACUACGUUGGAGAGGUCUACUGGACCACAAGGCAGAACCACGCUCACUGUUGGGUUCAGUACAGACCAGCACUCACACAACUACAGAGUCUCACUACUGUGCUCCAACAACAGACAAUGGCAGGACACAGACAUGUAUUCAGGCCCUUUACUCACCUACUUUGACGAUGUCGGCAGCGAGCGUGACGCGUCUGUCUUCGACAUCGCUGUGAAGUACAAGCUGAUGAAACACUUUGAGGAGCUCUGCUUUAGGAUCCUGGACCAGGAGAAGUACGCACCAGGACAGGUCAGCCACAUCGAGGGGAUCGGAGUGGAUGAGUACUUCACAUGUCCAUCGGGGAGGGAUCUGCGUGACGCCAUCGAAGCCUUUCAGGUGUUCCAGAUAGAACCAGACUGGUUUGAACAGGAGUGUGUUGACAUAACGCAGAGAGAAGUGGUCGCAGUAACAGAGUAUGAUGCUCUGCUGGAACAGCCGGUCGCUCCUGUUCUAAAGUUUGUUCCAGAAUACAGGAAGCCUCCUGUUCUAGAGUUUGUUCCAGAAUACAGGAAGGGCCUAGUUGUUCAGAUACGGAAGGGGCCUCCUGUUCUAGAGUUUGUUCCAGAAUACAGGAAGGGGCCUCCUGUUCUAGAAGUUUUUCCAGAAUACAGGAAGGCCUCCUGUUCUAGAGUUUGUUCCAGAAUACAGGAAGGGCCUCCUGUUCUAGAGUUUGUUCCAGAAUACAGGAAGGGGCCUCCUGUUCUACAGUGUGUUCCAGAAUACAGCAAGGGGCCUCCUGUUCUAAGUUGUUCCAGAAUACAGGAAGGCCUCCUGUUCUACAGUGUUCCAGAAUACAGGAAGGGCCUCCUGUUCUAGGUUGUUCCAGAAUACAGGAAGGGGCCUCCUGUUCUACAGUGUGUUCCAGAAUACAGGAAGGGGCCUCCAAUCCCCAGCUAUGAUGUAGAGAUCAAUGAAAGCCAGGGAGUCCAGGUCUUGACUCCUGAAGUGAAACUGGAAGGUAAUGGGACGUCUGUGCUGGAGCUUCUUCCAAGGGUCAGCUCUGACAGCCACCAGGUGUACCCGUCAUACCCAGUCGUUGAGGCCCCACCCGGGGUACUUAUCUCUGAUCUGCCGCAUGCCCUGGAGAGUCAACUGGGGUUGUCAGAUCUUCUCCUGAGUGAGCCACCCUCGGCCAGAGAGAACUUCCACCUACAGGAGAGGUGAACAGCAGACCGCUGCCCUCUAGAGAACGAGGAAGAGGAGGAGGCAUACAGUCCUUCUCGUCAACCCUCUGCUGACACCCUGGAACAACUCAUGUCUCUCCAGCUGUCACUCUGUGGUCUCAGUGCUAUCCCAGAAAUCACCUCUGUGUCCACAGAGCACGGCUACCUAUCACAACAGCAUGGAGAGAUGGUAUCACUUCCUGUCAAGAUGGGCCAAUCACAACUGUCCUUCAGCUCCAUCCAGGUUACCCCACCUGUACCGAUGGAUAGUGAGAUUCAGUACCUCCCUCCCCUGCCAGAGAUAACCCACUCCCAGCCGGUAGAGAUGGAGGAGGGUGGGGAGGUGAUGAAUCCUGCUGCCCAGGAGAAGAGGCCCAUCAGUGGGUCAGACCUGGGCUAUAUCUCCAGGAGCUCCUUCCAGCAGGACUCUUCUGUACACUACCCUGUAGGAGAGGCCAGCGACAAUCCACUGGUGGCACUGGCCAGGUUACAACAGGCUCUCUACCUAAACAAUUAAAUACUCUGGCUUCUGCAAUAAAAUGGAGAGAGAACGUUCUAUUAACGGGUGUUCAUCAUAUACUCUGGAUCAUAAACACUUUAGUUGUUCAGCAUUGUCUUUCAUAUUAUUAUAACACUAUUGUCUAUAAAAGUUUUCCUGAUUUCCUGUUUGAAAUGAUGCACAAACCUGGAGUCAAUGAAUCAGCCAAUGGGUUUGUACAGCAUAAUCCAUACAUUUAGUUCUUACAUCACAUCCUUAUAUCAGGUUGUACAGGACAAUAAAAGUGAUCAUGUCCAUAUUUCAGAUAUACACAA